AGCUUUCCCGCCAUUUUUCUUCUCUUUUUACCCUCCGUAGAGAUGCUUCCUCGCAGUUCAUUUUAGCUACCUACAAAAUCAUUCGUUUAAUCGACUGAUGUGUCUUCACUUCAGCUGAGCAUCUCCUAACUUUUCUCCAAAUUCGGCCAAUUAGGAAACAACUCUUUCUGCCACAGACUCAGCAUAACCAAGACUCCCUUGCUUUCUUCUUCUUCUUCAUGUCUGUUCUUCUCCCCUUCUCAUUUGAUUUUUUUUUCCCAAUCCCUCCAAUUUAGUCAACGGGUCUGGAAUUUGCUCAAGGAGUCCGGUACGUAUUCUGCGAGUCCAGGUAGCUUAGUCCUCAGGAUUGAUUGGAAUUGCAAAGGGAGCAGAUUGUGGUUACCUUCCGAUGGAGACCACUGGUCCAACGGCCGUUGAUGAAAACAGCCUGCAGACCUUUUAUGUUCGCCAUAAAGCCUCGCACCCAGCUCGAAAAAUUUGUGGAAAAGUUAAAAGAAAGAUUGACUCAUCCCCGAAAGGUGAUCUCUCAAAAAAGAACAAUGGUACUACAGAAUCCAUUGAUUGUUUUGAGUUGGGAUUGCAAAACUUUCGUCUGUUUUGGUCCAAAAUCGAAGCUACUAUCAAGGAUGUUUUGAGGGAUAUAAAUGCUGGUGAAUUCGACAAGAUAAAUAGCUGGAUUCGUCAGUCCUUUGAUGUUAUUUCUUCGUGUACAGUUUCUGAUCCUACACAAAUAACAAGUUCAUACCCGCUCCUUGUUCCAGCCAAACAUCGCACAUCUUCUAAACAAAUCUUCGCGGGUCUUGUUUGCACCAAGAAUCUGGAAUCUGUUGAUGAUAUACUGACAUUCGAGGAUCUUGCUGAACAUCUGAAAUCUCAUGGACACCAUGUUGCUAAUCUCUCCUCCUUGGACUUCUCGUUGAAGAACGGAAUUGGUGGUUGCCUCUUAAAUUUGUUGCAACAAUUUAUAACAGUUAGCAUUGAUGCUGCUGAUAUGUCAGUUUUAGCUUCUUGGUAUUGUGAACAAGGUAGCUGUAAACGACCAAUUAUUGUUAUUAUUGACGGUCUGGAGAGGUGCUGUCAGUCAGUCCUGUCUGAAUUCAUCAUUAUACUAAGUGAAUGGGCUACUAAAGUUCCUAUCAUCCUAGUAUUGGGAGUCACAACCACUGCAGAUGCAUUACGAGAUAUACUGCCUUCAUACAUUCUUCAAUAUCUGUCCCUUUCUAAGUUUGUUCUGGAGUCUCCUACUGAGAGAAUGGAUGCAAUAAUUGCCUCUGUUGUUGUGCAAUAUGCAUCUUGUUUCUCCUUGGGUCACGAUGUGGCAACUUUCCUGAGAAAAUACUUCUUGAGGCAGGAUGGAACACUUACCUCUUUUGUGAGAGCUUUAAAGAUGGCAUGUUUUCAACAUUUUGUCAUGUAUCCUUCACGCCUUCAAAAGUCAAGAUCAUUGGAGAAAAAGUGCCCUCAGGAGCUGAGCUAUGGGAAUAUUGUAUCCCUCCAGGAAAGAAUUAUCAAGCAGGCUUUUGGUCUACCAGAUCACCAGAGGAACAACCAAGCUGAACCAGAUGGUGAUAUUGGUCAUGGUCUUUGUGAAAUGCAGAACCAAUUCACCGUGUGGAGAUCUUUGAUUAUGUGUAUUUCUGAAGCUUUAAAAUAUACCAAAGCUACACUGCUAGAAGUAUAUUGUGAGAUUCUUAAUCCUCAGCCAAACAAAUCUGGAACAUCAAGCAAGAUUGAGUGGGAACAUAAUGGUAGCACAUCUUCUACCUCUCAUUGUAUGCUCGGACAGCAUUCUUGCUUGCAGAAAUGUGGUUCUGUCUGUCAAGCAAUCUGUCGGUUAAGUUGCAUACUCAGGGAUCUAUCACCUUUGGAAUUACACGAGUUGUUGAUAAAGUGGGAGGAACUGACAGAAGGCAUAACUGAGGUUCAGGAGAAAAUCAAAGGUUUGAAGGUGUCUAUGAGCACUGUGGACAUAAAGGCUUUGCCUAUGCAUGCACCAGAUAUCUCCAAGAGGCGUACAACUCGCGGAAAUAUAAUUGCUGAAAAAGAUUCAGUCAACUUCAAUGAGAAAGCUGCCAGAUUAGCAGGCUGUUUGAUGAAGGAAUACAUGCAGCCAGUGGAAUGUUUUCCUUUGCACGAACUGAUCCAGUUCAACAAUGUUGAAGAACUUCAAUCAGCCUUGAUGGGAGAUCCAAGAAGAAGAAUCCAAAUUGAUCUUUUAGAGUCUCAAAAGUUCCUUAAAUGCAAAUGCUGCAGUAGAAAUGAAGGUGCAUCUGUGCCAUCUACGCAUGAUACUGCAAUAAUGUAUGGCUUAGCUCAAGAACAUGGCGACCUUAUCAAUCUUCACAACUGGUAUCAAUCUUUUAAAACAACAAUCUCUCACUCAGGCACGGGAAACAAAACCAAGUUGAAGUCGUCAUCACCAAAGAAGAGAAAAGUCUCCGCUGACCCCCAGAAUAUCAGUGAUGCAUCAAUUCAGUAUCCUUCCCAUUCAUAUAAUCCACAUUAUGUUGCAUUCAGAAUCAUGUUUUCUCAUAACUAUAUCUCUAAUCAUCCAUGACAUUUUAUCAAAACACAAUCACAUCGCCAUUAACAUUAUUAUCUAUGCUGUCAUUUAUGAACGUGAAACUAGUACUAUGUUUUGCUGAUAAUCCUCUCUGUUAUCAGUUGAAAUCUUUCUUUAUGAUUAGAUUUGUACUCUAAUGAUGUGACUUGUCACUUUAGUAUCCUUAGCCAUGUACAGAGCACGGUUCUGCAGGGCCAUCUCGGAGUUGCAAAUUACAGGAUUGCUAAGGAUGCCUUCCAAAAGACGCCCAGAUUUUGUACAAAGAGUUGCAUUCGGGGUAUGAGCCAGUUCUCCUUCAUGCCUCUUUGUAGGACUGGAAUGUAUCUAUUGAAUGGAAAACAAAAGUCCUAGAUAGGCUCAGGACUGGAGUGUAUCAAAGAUUCUAAUUUCUGGAACGUCAAAAUUCUUAUUUAACCAAUUUUCAACAUCCUUUUGUCUCUCUCACUCUCCUCUCUCCUUUUCUCUCUGUGGUGAAAACUCUCAAGACGAAAUUGGGACUCGAAGAAAUUGUUGUACAUGUAGUUAUCCC